AUGGGCAAUGACUUGUCAUCGACAACAGCAGGGGCAGCACGAACACAUAUUCCACUUGAUGAUUCAGUUUGUUGGCAACUUUACAAUGGAAUCAAUGAACAAUCAGAACCUAUUUCAAUUUUUAUAGCUAAACAAACAUAUUCUGUUGAAUGCCGACGAUCAAUACAAUUUUUAAAAACUAUUCGUCAUCCAAAUAUAAUCAAAUUUUAUACUGGUUUUAAAACAUUUAUUGAUCAUGAUAGUUUUAUUGCUGAUUGUGCACAUCCAUUAGCAAAUAAACUACAUACCAAUGAUAUUGAUUUGUCAGCGAAAAUUUGUUUAGGCCUCUAUCAAUUAUGUCAAGCUUUAGAAUUUCUUCAUGAAAAAGCAUCAAUUAGUCACAAUAAUAUUUGUUUAUUAUCGAUUUAUAUAUCUUUAAAUGGUAUGUGGAAAUUAGGAAAUUUCGAAUGUGCAUGUCGUUAUGAUAGCAUUAAUAAAAAGUUUUUAUCAUCUUUAAAAAUGAUUCGAUCUGACGAAUGUAUUGCGCCUGAAGAAGAUGACAAGAAUUCAACCGAAUUCGAUAAAGAAAACAUUUAUGCUAUUGAUAUAUAUGCAUUUGGCACAUUGAUUCACAAUCUCAUGACAAUCGUUAAUGUUGACGAUUCAUUAAAAAGUGUUUUAAACGAUUUACAAAUAUCUCUCACUGAAGAAGAUCCGCAAUCGCGACCAACUUGGCCAAUGCUCCUGAAAACACAGCUAUUUCAAAUAGAUUAUAUUAAAGCAAUAGAACUUCUUGAUCGUCUACCUGCGAUUGAUGAGUCAGAUCUCUCCAAUGUAGUCGAUUCUCUAUCGACAUACCUCAAUAAUCUUGAUGCAGAAUAUUUUAAUGACUUAUUAAUCCGUCGUUUAUGUCUUCCAUUUAUGUUUUUAUGUUCAUCAACAAGAUUAAAAAUCAUUCCACGAAUAAUCAUACCUAAAGAUGAUAAUAAUAAUUCAUGGAUUUCAAUUGAUAAGUAUCGUACAUAUGUUAUACCAGUUAUAGUUGAUCUAUAUUCUUAUCAUGUAACAUGUAUACGAGAAACAUUACUUGAAAAUUUUAAUUCAUAUUGGCAGUUGAUAGACAAAACAAUUUUAACUAAUCUUAUUCUUCCACAGCUUAUCUAUGGACUUAAAGAUUCAAAUAAUACAAUAUGUAUGUUAACAUUAGUUGCAUUAGCUACGAUGGUGCCCAUUUUAGGUGCUGAUGUAAUUAUUGGUGGAAAACGAAAACAAAUAUUUACUGAUAAAAUAAAGAAAGAGCAUGUUGGUCUCCCUAAAACACCGAAAGUACUAUCUAGAACAAAUUCUCCAUUACCUAUGCCACCAAUUCCACAAGAACCAAAAAAAAUCAGUCCAAUUUCAAUAAAUAAAACCAAAGCUACUCAAUUAAAAUCGAAUUCUGCGACUAAAACAAAAUCAAUCAGUAAAGAUCAAUCUCAACCAUUGGAUUCUGUUUCUUCACAAUAUACGAAUGGAGAUAUUUCACCAUUAAAUGAUUCUCUUAAAGAAUCACGAACUAUUGUUGUUCCAAACGGGCUUUCUAAUGAACACAUUGAAGACGAUAUUGAUAAUGAUGAUGGUCAAUGGUCAGACUGGGAACAUAAUUCAGAUCCAGCUGAAUUAUCUACCAAUUACUCGCAUGAAUUACCUGAAACAUCGACACUAUCUUCCCCAGUGUUUGAACAAUUAGUUCAACCAAAAGCUACUACCUCACCAUUGAAAACUCUAAAACUCAUUAGUCCUUCACAAUCGAAAUGGAAUCCGAAUGCACCAUUAGGUAGUGAAUAUGAAAUACCACCUGUUGUAUUAACAAAAUCGAAGUCAACAAAAGUAGAUACAUUAGCAAUUCAAGAUUCAGACGAUUUCUUUAAAGAUAUGACACCAAAAGUAGAAACAGUUGAACUAAUGCAACAACUAGAAACAAUGUUUAAUGUUAAUUUAAAUCAUCCAAAAGAAGAAAUGAAAAUGAAAACAACAUCAACAUCAUUUUCUGGUAAAUUCGGCAUUAUGUCUCAAGAUCAAAGUGGAAAUCACGAAGCAGAAAGUGGAAAUAACAAUUGGGACGAAUAA